CCCAGCCUGGUGCCGCCACCGCCCGCCUCGGCACAACAUGGCGAUGCACAACAAGGCGGCGCCGCCGCAGAUCCCGGACACCCGGCGGGAGCUGGCGGAGCUCGUGAAGCGGAAGCAGGAGCUGGCGGAAACACUGGCAAACUUGGAGAGACAGAUCUAUGCUUUUGAAGGAAGCUACCUGGAAGACACUCAGAUGUAUGGCAACAUUAUUCGUGGCUGGGAUCGGUAUCUGACCAACCAAAAAAACUCCAAUAGCAAAAACGAUAGAAGGAACCGGAAGUUUAAGGAAGCAGAGCGGCUCUUCAGUAAAUCCUCAGUUACUUCAGCAGCUGCAGUAAGUGCAUUGGCAGGAGUUCAGGACCAGCUCAUUGAAAAGAGGGAGCCAGGAAGUGGGACGGAAAGUGAUACUUCUCCAGACUUCCACAAUCAGGAAAAUGAGCCCAGCCAGGAGGACCCUGAGGAUCUGGAUGGAUCUGUGCAGGGAGUGAAACCUCAGAAGGCUGCUUCUUCUACUUCCUCAGGGAGUCAUCAUAGCAGCCAUAAAAAACGAAAGAAUAAAAACCGGCACAGCCCGUCUGGCAUGUUUGAUUAUGACUUUGAGAUUGAUCUGAAGUUAAACAAAAAACCACGAGCUGAUUAUUAGAAGACUCAUUAGUGCAGAAGCGUCCAGGCUAUAGAGCCCUGCUUCCCUCCUCCGACCUCACAAAGAUAAACACCCCUCACCUGGCUGCGUGGCCAUCCAUCUCUGCUUUCCCAGACCCGGUGCCUGUGACUCUGAGUAGUUUGUUCUGAAAUGUGGUGACAAACAAGUCAUUUCUGUAUGACCGUAUCGGAGCAUUUACUUUGUGUCAUUUUCAGUAACAAUUGCAGGAAGACCCAAGACAUUGUUUUAAUCCCAGCAAGUUGCUAACUGUGCAUUUCUCCCUUCUUGGAACCAAUGUCUCCCCCGGCAAACUGGCCGGCACCAGCUUCAUCUGUGAUGCGCAUCGAGAAAUGUUCUCUAGGUUUGUUUUAUGCUGAACGUAGAACAAGUCACAUUUCAGAGGGAGGCUGUAAAUAUCUGGCGUUUUCUUAUUUUGUUUGUGUUUUAUCAUUUUUCUAUGAUUGUUUUUACCAUCUUAUUUUCUUUUGGGACUUUUUGUAAUGCCAUUGUACAGCUCAUACCUUCCUGCUGACAUAUCUGAUAAUCUGUUUCGUGCAGUUGCCAAUAUUCUUAACUGAAAAUAAUUUGGUUUACCAUAAAUAAAAUGGGGACUUGGCUUUCUGUUUUUUUGCAGAGGGAAGGUAAAGAGUGUUUGUUUAAUAAUUACCUAUCUUAAAUCUUUUUGAGUUGGAAGCAGUUUCAUGUUCAAGGAACAGGAAAAGCUGAAAAACAUAAGUUUAAAUCAGUCCUUUUAAAAUAGGUAUUUUUAUUCUUUUGUAUAAAUAAAAUUUCACAGGCUUUGACUUCUCAUCCUUCACUUUUAAACUUGAGAUUGUUUUUUCACUUACUUAUUCGUAACAUGCCUUACGGAAGUUUCUUUUUCCAUCUUUUCUCUCUUUGAUGGUAUUUGCCUGAUUAAAUAUUGCUCUAAAAAUCACUAAGGCAAAUGGAAAGGCUCUAAAUUGUACCCAAAGCUGAUAACGCCUGGAGUCCUUGAGCAAAGUGAAUGACAGGAUCACCGAGAGGCUGCGAUGCCCAGCAAAUGCCCCUUCCUUUCAGGGUGGAUGGGCUGAGGAACCCGUUGACGGUUGUUACCUGCCUCUGGAGCAGCGGCCAUCCACCUUGGCUGCACAUUGGAAUCACCUGGGAUGCUUACAAAAAUACCAGUGCCUGGGUCCCACUCCCCAAGACUCUGACUCGGGUACAGCCUCAUAUUGGGGAUAUUCUUUCGAAGAUUCCCUGGCAUUCUGAUAAGAAACCAAGUUGAGAACCACUGCAUUAGGAGACUGGAUUGUUCGAUUUAAAUCCUGUGUCAUGAAUCAGUCUAAGGGAUAAGCUGUGGGGCCUCACCUUUCCUUUGACUCUAUUUAGUCAUAGUCCUUUACUAUGUCCGUAUCUUUGUUAGAAAAAAUAUGUUCCAUUUGUGGCAAUAUUGGUAGAGCUGAAAUACGGAUGGCGUCUGUUAUCCAAACACGUCUACCUUGUCAGAUGUGCAAAAGCUUCCUCUUGUUCUCAAAUAAACUUUUUUUUUUUUUUUUU